AUGAGCGGGUCCCAUCACGAGCUUGCUCUCAUUGGAAAGGAAUUCGCUCGAAACUUUUACAAAUUUGAUGGUGUGGUUGUCGGUGCCCCUGCUUUCCACUACAACCAGCAGCAGGUCAAUCUCCUGUUUGCAAACACCAUCGAGCAAACAAUCGACUACUUCCCCCCAACCUACGAGGUCGAUAAGAUCAUAAACCUGACGACCGAGGCUUCUAACGACUUAGAUGGAAAGUCGGACGGCGUCGUCUCACGGACCGAUCUCUGCAAGCUGCAUUUCAACAUUGGCGACGUCGUUGGGGAGCCUUCCUCGUGCGACGCGACUGAGUCCAACAUCGGACUUCGAAACCACGUUGUCAAGAGUGCUGCCACACCGGCGCAGAGUGGAAAGGUCACGGCUCAAGCUGCAAAGCUGGUCAAAACGUAUUUGGAUGGACUACAUGACUCGGAUGGCCGCCGUAUCUAUCUCACCUCUCAAUUCGGCUCUGACCUUACCAAUGCGUACCCACAGUUCAACAAGGACACCAAGGGCUAG